CUGUGACUGUGGCUUGGAGUGGAUGGGCCCCUGUGUUCUCCCAGCCAAUAAUCCAUCCCUCCAUCUUACCGUCAGCCGGAGGAAAGAUCUGAUGACAGGACUGCAGAGAGUGGAGAGAAAAGACCCCCUGCUAUGGCCAGUGCAGCUGAUGGUGUAGGCAACCUGGGUGCUGAGCAGAACCACAUUAGUGUUCCUGUCGCUGAUCAUGGAGCCUGGGCCACAGCCAUGAACAACCUAGGCAUCAUGCCCAUGGGCAUCAGCGGGCAGCAGCUGGUUUCAGAUUCUCUGUGUAUCCAGAGAUUCGACCCUGGGCUGGGACUCAUUGCACCCAUAAACCCCAUGAUAGCAGGAAUCAGCCUGGUCCCCCCUCCACCCGUUCCCCCCGACAUGCCCGUCAUCAAGGAGAUCAUCCACUGCAAGAGCUGCACUCUCUUCCCUCAGAACCCUAACCUUCCUCCUCCGUCGACACGGGAGCGCCCUCCCGGCUGUAAGACAGUAUUUGUGGGGGGUUUGCCAGAGAACGCCACAGAGGAAAUCAUCAGGGAAGUGUUUGACCAAUGUGGGGAGAUCAUCGCCAUCCGAAAGAGCAAGAAGAACUUCUGCCACAUCCGCUUCAGUGAGGAGUUCAUGGUAGACAAGGCUAUUUACCUGUCAGGGUAUCGGAUGCGUAUCGGAUCCAGCACUGAUAAAAAGGACUCUGGGAAGAUCCAUGUAGACUUUGCCCAGGCCAGAGAUGACCUUUAUGAGUGGGAGUGUAAACAACGCUUACUGGCCAGAGAGGAAAGACACCGCCGCAAGAUCCACGAAGACAGACUGCGGCCACCAUCUCCCCCUCCGAUUGUGCACUACUCUGAACACGAGGUAGCACUGUUAGCAGACAGACUAAAAGAUGAUCAUAAGUUCAGUGAGGCCAUAGCCAUUCUGUUCACCUGGAUCGACAGAGGCGAAGUCAACCGCCGCACCGCCAAUCACUUCUACUCUAUGAUCCAGUCGGCCAACAGCCACGUUAGACGACUGAUGAGCGAGAAAGCUCAGCAUGAAGAGGAGUUGGAGCGUGCCAAAGAGGCCUUCAAGAAUGCCCUGCUGGCUAUAUUAAAUCAGUUCGAGCAGAUCACCGCCGUUUUCACCGCUGCCACCCGGCAAAAGGCAUGGGACCAUUUCUCAAAAGCACAGCGCAAGAACAUAGACAUUUGGCGCAAGCAGUGUGAGGAGCUGAGGAACGCCCACAGCGAAGAGAUCAUGGGCAUCAGACGAGAAGAGGAGAUGGAGAUGUCGGAUGACGAGUCGGAUGAAAGUCCUUGCAAGAAGAUGCGCACUGAGGAAAAUGGAGUGUGUGAUCAGACUCAGGCCUCUCUGAAGGAGGAGAACGACUCCCUGCGCUGGCAGCUGGACGCCUACAGGAACGAGGUGGAGCUCCUGAGGAAGGAGCAGAGCAGAGCCAGCCGCCCAGAAGACGAUCACUCGCACACACACCCUCACAGCCCAGAGGCUCAGAUCCAGCUGCUGCAGCAGAGCAUGCACAGCAUGCAGCAGCAACUUCUGAACCUGCAAGAGAAGCUAUCGAGCAAGGAAACUGAGCUGGAGCAGGCAAGAGAGGAGCACCGCUACCUGGAGGGGGAGGUACUCAGCCUCAGAGACAAGCUGCUGAGCAGUAAUGGGGAGACUGUGGAAGGGACCAACGGCGAGCUCCAUGAAAAGGGGAUCAACGGGUGUGUUCCUUCUCUGUACCACAGCAGAGACCGGAGGACCGAGCUUAUCACAAGAGGAGUCAUCACUUCAGAAAAAGAGGCUCUGCUUCUUGGCAUUAUAUCGACCUUCCUCCAUGUCCAUCCAUUUGGGGCCAACCUCGAGUAUCUGUGGUCGUACAUACAGAGACUAGACUCCAAGGUAUCUGCAGGGGAACUGGAGCGGCUCAUGGUCCGUCUGCCCAGUAUGUUCAGGCAGGAGCUGAGUGGCGUCGGUGCAACUCUGGAAAAAAGAUGGAAAUUCUGCGGUUUUGACACACUGAGUUCAGCGUGACACAGGAGUGGCGCACACACACACUGCGAAGACACACCAACGUGAACAGACGUGCACAAUGCCUCGGACCUUUAAUUCACAUGUGUGUGUGCGCAUGUUCUUCAGACACACGGCAGUGCAGUAGACAACAGAUGACGUUCACUCAAGCAGACACUGGAAACUGUGAAAGCGACGGAUUUUUUUUUUAGAAUCCCAAAAGACAUUUCACCUCUGGAUGCUGGGUUCAGGUGAAAUAACAUUUCUUUUCCUCACUGCAGAUUGUCACCACGGUGAACUGCAACAGGGCGUUAUAGACUAUCGUUGGUCAGCGCUGAAGACACACCCUCUGUCUGUCCUCUGAAGUGAAUCAUGGUCCUGGGUGUCUUGCUGUCGGUGCAGUUUGGAGUCAGAAAAAUCCAGCAACAACCGAAACAUCACAGACAGAGAGUUUAAAAAAAAAAAAUUUAUACCAAAGUUGAACGUUAAAAGAUUUGAUGCCAAACCUCAUUUCCCCGGCAGAUAAAUCAUCUCCUACUUGGUCCAAGAACUGGCUGUGCAAGGGAGUUUUUGCUGUGGCAUGAUGGGACCACAGAUCACUUCCUCUUACUGGUUUGGAAAGGACUUUGUACACCAACUCUAAAUCUGUCAUUCAAUAAAAACACAUACAGAGCCCUUUAAUUUAAUCUUUACUGCCAGCUGAUUGUAAUCUUGUGUUACUUUCUGAAUGUGGUGGUGAAACAAUAUCUAACAUUAUUUGUGUUGCAUUUUCUCUAUAUUCAUAUUUGGGGUUUUCAAGCUUUCAGGCAAUUCCCUGACUUUGUCCAUAAGGAAGCGAUUUUCCCCAGAAUUUAUACUCGGGUGCAAAUUAUGUGUUGCCUCAGAAGAUUUGCUGCUUUUAAGGCUAAAGUAAGGGAAUAAAAGUCUGUGUGCACAGUGACCACCACAGAUUACAUGAAAGGACAGCCAUUGCACAACUAACUUACUCUGCUAGACCAACAGAAUACAGUAAAUCCCCCAUUCUGUAAAAAGAGUAUAUCUGCAGAAAGGAGUAUCUGAAAUAAGAUUUUUCUUUUAAGUAAAAGCAAUUUAAAUAAAAAAAAUUAUUUAUACAGUGCCAAAUCACAGCAUCAAUGCUUUUUAUAUUGUAAGGUAAAGACCCAACAAUAAUACAUUCAUGGUGAGGGGAAAGAGCAGAGAGAGAUGGGACAAGAGACAAACUAUAGUGAUAAUGUAAAUAAAACUAAUCCCAGCACAGAACCCUGUGGAACUCCAACCACUGCAGCCCAGUACCUUUAAUACAUGUGGCCUGUUCUAAUCUCUAUUUGUGAUUAGAACAGAUCAUGUGUCUGUGUCACAUGAUCUAGAAUUGACCAUUUGUACUUAUUAGUGAUAAAGUACCUUAUAAAGUGCUAGAAGUUUACAGUUUUAAGGCCAGACUACCCUGUGUGAUUAUAUCCGUGAAGACUAUGUGCAGUAUAAGGACCUAGAUUUUGCUACUCCUGAUCAGAGAAUAAGCAAGCCAAAAAUCUUCAAACAGACAUGUGCUACUUCACACCUGGGUACCAUCGCAAAACACCUUGGAUACAUUUACCGUAAAUAAUGUGAGCCUCCAUUGUUACUGGAUGCUAGUGUUUACUGAGUGACAGUUUGGGGUUGGUGUGUGAACAUGAGUUCGUAUUUAUUUCUUACUGCCAGAUAUUUUUUAAUUGAAAAAAUAAUAAUAUACAGGCAAACUGAUGUGGAGUUUGAAAUAAUCUGAGUGACUAAGUGUAAAAACACUCCAGGCCUGUUAGGUGCUCCCUGACGAGGACACGGACACUGGAAACAGGAGGGUUAGAGGAAGGAAAGGACAAUAUUUGGGAAAAAAUGCAUGAAGAUGAUGGAAGUAAAGAAAGAAAAAUUGCUGAUUUGUCAAAGACCGAUGUGAGGGAUCGAAAUUCAGUCAUUCUGCUUAAUUUAUUUCAUUAUAUUGUGUAAAGAAGCUGUUCACAGAAGGCAGCAGACUGAAAUGUUCCACUGCCAUAUUACAUAUUGUAAUUAAAUAUGGUAAAAUGCAAAAAACAUGACCUAAGUGGUGCUACUUUUUUCAAAUAUAGUAUCCAAAGUUAAUGACUGUGACAAAUAUUUAUUAUCCUUCUGACUAGAGCAAAGGGAAAAGAUCAUGAUGUUCGUCUGGGGACUGAAGAUGAUUUU